AUGGCUGAAUCUAUGCCAAAACCUAACCGUGGCAUGACGCUCGCCGACACCGUGGCCAUGGGGAUCAACCAGGAGUCCCAGGCGAGUUGGCUGGCGAAGCGGCAUAUCAGCGUGGAGAGUCGCAUCAAGUUAACAAGGCUAUCCCACAUGCGAUACCAACACCCUGACCUUGAUGCGAUUCACCAAUUCAUGAUGGAUUUCGGACUCCAGGUUGCGCUUCAGACAGACGAUGAGGUUUGGUAUAAGGGUUAUGGGCCGGACCAGUAUGUUUACUAUGCCAAAAAGGGGCCGCGAAAAUUCCUAGGCGGUGUUUUCCAGGCGGCUAGUUGGGAUGAUUUUGAACGGGCAUCCAAGCUGUCUAGUGCAGAGCCAGUCGAGCAGCUGCACGAUGCGCCAGGCGGUGGCUUUCUUGUCACAGUGACCGACCCAGAAGGGUUUCCCGUUAAUGUGAUCUACGGACAACAGUUGGUAGCCGACAAACCGACGUACUCACCUGAGAAGGUUGUCCUCAACUUCCCAGAGGAGAAGCCUCGAGUCAGACAGUUCAACCGCUUUGAACCUGGUCCAGCUGCCAUUUACAAGUUGGGCCAUUUCGGGCUUUGUACACAAAAGUUUGAAGAGCAGCUCGAGUUCUACACUUCAAACUUCAACAUAGUUCCCACCGACUUCGUCUACGUAGAAAAAGAAGGGCACCAAGUCCCGGCAGCGCAUGUGCAUCACAGUUCCUAUGAGGUGUAUGACUUCGAUGCCCAGCAUCUUGGACACGAGUGGCUUGUGGCGAAGGGGUACCGUCCAACUUGGGGUAUCGGCCGCCAUGUACUUGGGUCGCAGAUAUUUGAUUACUGGUGGGACAUUUCUGGUAAUAUGGUUGAACAUUACGCGGAUGGUGACUUGGUUAACAAUGAGACCCCGAUCGGAUACAUGCCUGCUGGGGAAGACACGUUGGCCAUCUGGGGUCCGAAAGUCCCAAGGAAUUUUAUGGAAUAG